ACCCGUGCAGAUGCUCCCGCCGUCCCGGGCCUUCAAUCACAUCCACUGGCACCUCCACAACAACACGCACUUCAACCGCAACCCGUCUCUCUUUCGUCGGCGUCAGCACGACCCUUAUCAUCCACAUUUUCGCAACGACUUCCUCCUUUGGCCAUGUCAAUAGGAACAGCGCCGGUGCCUGGCGCUCCUCACUUGCAAAGACCUCCAGGGCUGGGACAGCAACAGUCCAGUACGCGCACGCUCCAGGGCCCGUCCGCGCAGGAUUGGGCCCGCCAUCGAGAUAUCAUCGUCGACCUCUACAGACAGUACCCCCUCAAGAAAGUAAGCGAUAUAAUGAGGAGUCAAUACAACUUCUCGGCAAGGUAUUUUGGCGUCCCUUUAGUCCGUCUUUAU